UGGAGGCGAGACUCAGCUGCGGCCGGCCAGCGCGGACAUGCUGCCCCAGAGGCCGGGGGCGGGAAGGCGGCUGCGGGUGCAGCGGCCUCGAAGUCUCGGCUCCACGGGUGCUAGCGCCUAAAGGCUCUGGAUCCUCCUCCAAGGGUGACGUGCACAUCAUCCGGCAAUAUCUCCGUACCCCGAGAACGCCUGCCUGCUUGGGACCUGGGUCUCCAGUGAAGAACCUCUCCUGAACUCUUUAACGGAUAGCAGAUGCUCCGGCUUCUUUCCAACAAGAAAUUCUUCUAAGCCCCGCGCUCUCGGCACUAGAGAGGGUGAAACUGCAGCCCCCAAACGCGUUCACCCCUAAGUCUGUAAUCCCCGAACUAAAGACAGCGCUCACCCAACUCCUCCUGCACCCCUUUUGGUCCACCCAACUCACAGCCCCUCAAAAAAUAAAUCCAAAGGAAGAGGACUCUUACACGGAAAAGUGUGUCUCUCCGAAGGACGAAGGAGGGUUCCUGGGAAAGAAAGACCAGGACACGGAGCUCCGCGAUUGCCUCUCCUGCCCCUUCCUAAGACUGCGCUAAAGAAAAGGGUACGGCACGGGGCGGGGACUGGGCAUGAAGUUAGAGGUGUUCGCCCCCCGCGCGGCCCACGGGGACAAGCCCGGCAGUGACCUGGAAGGUGCGGGUGGCAGCGACGCGCCGUCCCCGCUGUCGGCAGCCGGCGACGACUCCCUGGGCUCGGACGGGGAUUGCGCGGCCAACAGCCCUGCGGCGGGCGGUGGCGCCGGUGAUCCGGCGAUCGGCAGCGAGCACAGCUCCGACAGGGGCCCGGGUACCCAGGACGAGGGCCCGGCGGAGGCGACGACAGCGGCGGCGGCUGCAGGUAGAGCGGAGGCCGGCGCGACAGGUCGGUGCGCUGGGAGCGUGGCGGGCGGCGAAGGCGCACGCAGCAAGCCGUACACGCGGCGGCCCAAGCCCCCGUACUCCUACAUCGCACUGAUCGCCAUGGCCAUCCGCGACUCGGCGGGCGGACGCCUGACGCUGGCCGAGAUCAACGAGUACCUCAUGGGCAAGUUCCCCUUUUUCCGCGGCAGCUACACCGGCUGGCGCAACUCGGUGCGCCACAACCUCUCGCUCAACGACUGUUUCGUCAAGGUGCUGCGCGACCCCUCGCGGCCCUGGGGCAAGGACAACUACUGGAUGCUGAACCCCAAUAGCGAGUACACCUUCGCCGACGGGGUCUUCCGCCGCCGCCGCAAACGCCUCAGCCACCGGGCUACAGUCCCCGCACCGGGACUGCGACCCGAGGAAGCCACUGCCCGCCCCAACGUCGCGCCCCCUCCACCCGCGCCCCCUACCCCUGCCUCUCCUCGAGCGCGCUCGCCGGCACGCCAGGAAGGACGCGCCAGCCCCACGGGCAAGUUCUCCAGCUCCUUCGCCAUCGACAGCAUCCUCAGCAAGCCCUUCCGCAGCCGCCUGGACAAGGACGCGGGCCCCGGGGUACAGGGGGUACAGCUGCCGUGGGGCACCUCGCCCUGCGCACCGCUGCCCACGUAUCCCGCACUGCUCCCCGCGGCUCCUGGUGGGGCCCUGUUGCCACUCUGUGCGUACGGCGCAGGCGAACCGGCGCUGCUGGGCGCGUGCGGGUCUGAACCGCAGCCCUCAGCGCCACCGCCAGCCCCGCACCUCCUGCUAGCGCCCCUUUCUACCGCCACCCCAGCUAAGCCAUUCCGAGGCCCAGCGGCUGGCGGCGGCGCGCACCUGUACUGCCCCCUGCGGCUGCCCGCGGCUCUGCAGGCGGCCUCGGCCUGCGGCCCUGGCCCGCACCUGCCCUACCCAGCACAGACACUUCUGGCCUAAGCCAUGCUGCUGAGCCCCGAAACUGUAGGUGCCAUAGGGGACAAGAAGAAUGCAGGCUCGGCGGGCUGUGCACUUUCUAUCCAGUGAAAAGGAGACUUAAAAAAAAAAUCAAACGUGCCUUAAAGCUAAAACAUUUUGACAGAAGUGUUGUAACUUAGUCCAGAGUAGUUUCCCUUGUUUUUGAUAACUUUACAGAGGACCAAAGCAGUUUUUAUUAUUUUAAGUUCUUGGCCGGGCCUGUCCUCUCUCCCUUAUAAAGACUUCUCUCUCCUUACUACCCAGGCUGUUCCCUACUCCUCCUAUGUUUGUUGCACCUUCCAUUGAUUCAUUCCCCUCCCCCCAAAGCACAUCAGGGAACCAUUCUAUAGGAUAAAUGAUAAUGACUACUGUUUGGGGUUUAUUGGACCCCACUCCUGUACGUAUGUGGUAUUCACAUGUGCGAGUGUGAGAGAGGUGUCAGAAAACCUUCCGUCACUUCUCUGCUAUUGACCAAUGCUUCACUGUGCCAAAAGAGGAAAAAAAAAUGUUGGGUUUUGUAAUUAAAUUAUUUAUAUAUUUUUGAAACCUGAAUCGAAAAUGUUGCAGGCAACGGCUACAGCUUUAUUAGUGGUUCUCUAACUGUGGUCUCUUUGGGCCAAGUAAUUUCUUUAAAGGAAGAGUUAACAUGUUUGUGGGGUGCCAGUCCACUUCCACAUGAAAGCAAGUGUGAUUUUUAUUUUUAAUAUUAUUUUAUUUGUGUCUGUGUAUAUAUUCGUGUAUAAAUUUUAUGAAACCCAGGCAUAGUGCUUAUUUUUUAAUAAAACCCACAAUUGACUUAUA